CACGGUUUUUUUUUUACACGCCCGUGUAAAAAAAGACCUUAGUGUACUUUUUUCUGAAGGUCAGGGGACUUUGAAAAGAAUCUUUGAAAAUGCAACUCUACAAUCAGAAACAAUGUAGUUCAAAAUUAUAUAAACAAACUACGAUUUUAACCGCUUCCCGUGUUUAUUGAAUUAAUAUUUUAACCAAGCUUGGGAAACGCUAUAUAAAUGCGAUAUUGCAGUAAACCUAACGUUUCAUGAAUGUAAAUUCAACCUAAAGAAGAAACGAGAGACAAUCAGUUAAAACUUUUUAAUUGCAACAAUUAGUUAUUUAAGCACCGUCAUGGCUUAUGAAUCCAGAUUUGAUAAUAUAAAAUGAAAGUGGUAUGGUAUGAUACACAUUUUGCGAACUGCAUUCCGAAAUGCACCAGUCACUCGAAACAGUCGUGCUUAGUGUGGUAGUUUUAUCAUUAAUUUUCGCCGGGAGCAUUAAUAGUGCCCGCGUGAAAGAAUAUGUCCAAGAGAAAGCGGCAACAUGUCCCGUACCAAAUGCAGAUAAAUUCGUGAUUCAAUUUCCGGGACCAUUGAACUUCACAUCGGGCAGUAACGUUGUCCAAUUUCAAGGAAACUUCACCGUUAUGGAAACUAUCCAAGAACCACUCGAGAUAAUCCUAGCAACGAACCGAUGCACGCUGGACAUGAAAACCUGUGAGCUGUUCAAUAAGCUGACCCUGUCCGAUGUCUGUCGGUAUAUCAACGAUCAGAAAGGCAUUUGGGCGUCGUUCUUCAAAAGCAUGGAACCAGAUUUUCACUGCCCGAUCAAACCCGGACUGUACAAGUUUCAAAACUCCGUCGUAGAUCUUUCUUUUGCUACCAAUUUUCCGCUGGAAGGAUAUCGCUGGCAAACCAGUAUGAAGCUGUACUCGACCGUUAAACCUAAGAAGGAAUUGUACUGCCUGUCGUCGCAAAGCUUAAUGCGUUGGGUCAAGAAACUGUAAGUUUGAUUCCGGACAGAAAAGUGUGGAUAAUCUAAUAAUUGGAUUUUUAUUGACGAAGAGGAAAAUAAAAAAAUAACUUUGACAUCAUUUAAUGAAAAAAUACAAAUUCAAAUACAUACAUUUGAACACACCAGAAUGUGUUCUCUUCCCCAUGAAGUGUUCUCUACCCUUCUUUGAGGUGUAUAUACAUACCUUUAUUUGUUCAACAUCAUAUUUAAGACAAGACAUAAUCAACAA